CUGGUGGCGCAACGGAUCACGUCGGCCUUGCGCUCCAAUGGAAUCAAGGGCCCGGUCACUAUUAGUGGAUUCGGCGACAUAGAGCAGCUCUCGCGAACUGCUCGGGAGGCUCUCACCUCCACCGGAAUCUGUCUCAACCAUGUACCGCAUGAUUGGUGGGAAAAUGAGCUUACAAAGCUGCUUUAUGGCCGAUCUUAUCUAUUGGGUUUCACAAAACCCCCCUCCUGUCCAUUUCUUUUUGAUAUCUGGGGACAAGGACUUUGCAAACAUCCUUCAUCGUUUAAGGAUGAACAACUAUAACAUACUACUUGCCAGUAGGGAAUUUACUCCAGGCGUACUCUGCAGUUCUGCCACGCUUAUGUGGUCCUGGACUCGUUUGGUUAAGGGCGGCAAUGCCUCUGCCAAGCAUUUUAACCAUCCACCAGAUGCUUUUUAUGGUUCUUGGUAUGGACAUUAUAAAGCUGUCUUGGAUGAUCCUUUCUCUGAUAUGAAACAAGCUAACAGAAAAGGCAAUGAUUAUGUGGAACUGAGUUCUGAAAGUAAGCAUCGUCCAGUUCCCAGAGCUUUAGUCAAUGCCAUCCAACAAAUUCUGUACUCAUAUCCUGAAGGGAUUAAUAUGUCAGAUUUACGAAAUGAGCUCAAAAGGAUGAAUAUGAGUGUAGAUAAGGAUUUCUUCGGGUAUAAGAACUUCUCCCACCUUCUUGCAUCAAUGCCAAACAUAUUGAAGUUCAUAACCAGUCCAGGUCUUGAUGGCCAACCACUUGUGGUUGGGAAGCAUUUAAGAACAGCAGAUUCAUCUCCAUCAAGAUCUAAAACUAUUCAGGAUUUUGAUUCCAGUGAUGGAGAGAUGAGCCCUACUCCAAAACAGGAUGGAAAAACCACCCUCAGUGACUCCAAAUUUGGGGGAAUCGAUAGCAUUUCUGGUCUGGAUUCUACAUCUAAUAAGAAUUCUGUUGAUGCAAAAUCAACUUACCAGCCAACUGAGAAAUUAAAAUGUGAAGAUAAGAAGACAAACUGGAAGAAUAAGUUUAGUCCUAGCAAAAGUUUUAGAGAAUUCGGUGAGUCACCUGCAACUGAUAAGACCACUAGGCAUCCUGACAUGCAUACUGGUCUUCCAGAUAUGAAACAGAGCUUCUUCAAGAGUAUUGCAGGUUGGUGGUCCGGGAAAUCCGAGAAAGACCAGGAAGGUGUUUGUGAACCCAGAAAGGAGGUUACCACUGAGGAUAAUUUUGUCCAUCAGAUAGAAACUAUUGGUGUUUUCUCAAAAGGAUACUUUUGGGAUGCUCUAGAGUCAUUUUUACUCACUUCUAAAGGAGCUGAGCUUAUCUCGAAAUCGAUAACGAGGGAACAACUGGUGCAUGGGUUACAGAAGGGAGGUCCUUGGGUCCUUAAAGAUCUUUCAAAAGCCCAACUUUUUGAGCUGGUAAAUUUGAUGAUUGUAGAAAAGAAAUGGAUAGAAGAAUCAAUUUUGCAGAUGUUCCCUUUUAGGCUUAAUCUUGCCAAACAAAAGUGUGCCACAUCACAUUGCUAUAAUUCCAAUGGUUUAAGUUCACUUUUUACUGGCAAAAUAUCAAAAUCUAGCAUACACAGACAGCCUGAGCAGGAAACAUAUGGUCACAAGUCUGGUUCCCUGGGGAGUUCAUUUGCUGUGACUAAUUCUGUUAAUCAACCCCAAAACGUUUUGGAGUUCAAAUCUUGGUUUCAGAAAACCUAUACACGUAAAGAGGAUGUACAACCUGAAGAUUUAGAAAAGAUGUUUGAGAGCAUGUUCAGCAUAAAACUUGUUCCUUCCUCCUAUGGCUAUCCGGAUCUACAAAGCUUGAUUGAAGUUUGUGCAAAUGAUGACAAUUAUGAGAAUAAGAAAAUAAAAUCAUCUCCUAGCGGAGAAAAGAUAUUAUUUGAUUGCCGAAAGCUCUUGGUUGAGCUUUUUGAUGAAUAUCCUGAUGGUUUCGACAUGAGCAUAUUCAAACCAGCUUUUCUACAAAGGCAUGGUUAUGUUUUAGAGUCUGAAACGCUUGGCUAUCCCAAUCUUGCUUCAUUGUUAGAGAUAAUGCCAAGGGUGAGGAUGGAGUCCAGUUUUGUGAUCCCUACUGAAAGGUUCCGCUCAAAUUCUAGCUCUACUAAUCAACUGACAAUUGGAACACUUGAUCUCACUUCACUAGAUAAUAAAGGCAAUGCAGGUAUCAACACUAGCCAGGAAAGUGCUUCUGAAGAUUGUGCAUGGGAAGAAUGGGAGGAGCUGGGCGGUGUGCAUGAGACAAUUGUGCGUGAGGAUCUUACGGCUGCUCCGAUUCAGGAUAGAGAAGUAACAUAUGACGAUUCUCUUUCAGAAGAUGAAUUGUCUGAUUCAGAGGGCACUCCCCCAUUGCAGGAUGUAGUAGAGAAAUCUCAAAGAUGUGGAGAGGAAAGCUCUCUUAUUCAAAUUCUUGAUUCCUGGUAUGAUAGCAAGGAAGGCGGUCUUAAAAAAAGUAGCAAAGAUGGUUGUGGAGUGGAACAAGCUGUGGUUCCUGAUGGUCUCGUAGAUUGCGCUACGAAUAAACCCGAGAUCUUGGUUGAUAUUAAGCCAAAAUUACGGUCUCAUAAAAGAUAUAAUUUUGUUUCAAAUUCAGAAGACAAGGAAAAGUUGGUCGAUAGCAUAUUAGGUAGUUUGAAGAAAGCGGGAAAUUCAAAGUUCUACAGUUAA